CGAAUGUUUUGAGGGAGUGACCGAGUCCAUACACACACCCACACGAUGAACAGACAGACUCAUACAUGCAGGCAGGCACACACCGCACGCGUUGUCCUGCACGUAGCCUUGACACAGCCACAUACACAGGCAAAGCCGUGAGCAUCGCAUCGAUGGUAAGGCAGCCAAGAGGGCAAUAGAAGACAACAAAGAGGGUCUGUACAACGAUUCAUCCAUUCCUCCCUCCCUCCCUCCCUUCAUUCGUUCCAUCGCUGUGGCUACAGAUAGAUAGUGCGGGCUGUCACAUAGAAUUGCAGUGUGUCGAGACGGGCAGAUAGGCGGACGUAUCAAGGCAUCACAAGACAGAGCACCAGGGAGCCGUGAGGGCCCUUCGGCAGCAGAAGAGCGACCACUCGCUCAUCCAUCCAUCCAUCCCAUCCAUGGCAGCUGCAUGGUUCGGUCGCCGGAUGACGUCGGAGCGAUGCUCUGUGCAGACAGAUGUCGUUCCAGCGUCAUCAGACAAGCCGCAUCAUGUAGCUGUGGUGGGACAGGAAGGCAGAUCUGUAGGGCGAGCACUGUGUAUAUGUCUGUAUGUAUCUACAUAUGUACAUAUGUACAUGUGUGUGUGUGAAUCCCUCUCGGUAUCGCUGUGUGCAUCCAUCCAUUCCUCCAUUCCUUCCAGCUGCAGUAGCUACAGAUACUGUCCGUCGUCAGGCCGAUAUCUGCACAUGACCCAUUCGCGCACACACAGACACACACACAUGCAACACCUACUCUUCGAUGUCUAUCGCUCGCUCUCACCUCUGACCUUUCUGGUGCGAUCAAUUGGCUUUGAGUUUCUUGAGCAGGAGGUUGCUCAUGUCGGUCAUGUGCUUGAAUGCCUGGGUCACCUCGUCCACCAGCUGCAGCAUCUCCUCGCUGCCGCCCCAGGCCACCACCAGCGACUCCCCGUGCCCCUCCAUGCCCCCCAGCACCGCCUCCUCCUCGGCCGACAGACCAGUGCUCGCCUCGAAGCCAUGACGGCCACUGGUGGCGUGGAACAUGCCACCACGAAGUCUGCAAGACAUGCAUGCAUCAACAGAUGUGCAUACACCGGGCACCAUGUCGAUGAAUACCCGCUUCUCCUCACCUGAGCAACAUGUGCAGAGACGCCUCCCGGGGGAUGUAGUAGUCUUUCAGCGUGCGGUCGUCCUCGAGCUGCUGGUUACCCCAGAUCAGGCGCUGCUGGUCGGCAGGGUUGCCCUCAAUGUGCUGCAGCUUGAGCUUGACGGCCCACACCGACUGGUCCGGCUCCACGUGCAUGGUGAUCGUCUUGCCUGCAUGAUACAAAGAACACACAGAUCUCUCGCAAUCAGUGCACACGUGGACAUCAGAACGCCUUGGCCUCACCACGGAACGUCCAGACGAAGAUCUGCAUCGUUCCACGCUCCUCCGCCACCUGUUUCUCCACCUCGAACAUCUUCUUGGCGGCUACCUGGGCCUCUUCCUUGAGCUCCUGCAGAUGGCGCUUCUGCUCGUCCAGCGGCUUGGUGGCGAGUGCAUUGAGGGCGUCGUAAUGGUUGCACUUGCUACUGUGGCCGAAAACAGACUCCUCCGCCGCGUGAAUGCCCUCCCACGCCUUGCACGGCUUGAUGAAAGCGCUGGCCAUGGUUGAAAGAGAGAAGCUCACUG